UUUUGUAUAUUUAUUUUCCAUUUGGCUUUCUAGUGGAUUUUAGGAGGUUAAAUACAUAUAUUUAAAAUAUGUGUUUAUUCAAUAUUUACGAAGACUACACUAUACCAGAUCAGCAUGAAAAGAUAAGUGUCAGAAUUCAGGAAAAAGGACUGAGACAAAAGAUCAACUUCACAGUAAGGACGCAAUGAGAAUAUGUAAGUCAUAUGUUUAUACAAAUUGUUUAAAGUUAACACAUAGAUUAUAGCCUGUGAGCUCUAAAUAUUUAAUAAAAUUGAGCACAAACUUGUCUCUAGUAUCCCCUGUUCCAGUUAUCUAUUGCUGCCUACCAAGCCACCCCAAAGUCUAGUGGUAAACGUUUAUUUUGAUCAUCCUCAUGGAUUCAGUGGGUCAGAAAGUGAGACAGGACCCUAUGGUGAUGGCUUUAUGUUUUUGGGUUACAAAGACCAUCCUCAGGUUCAGUGAUUUACAAGAAGAACUCAACAGUACUCAGCAAUGCAGUUAUAAUCAGAGUUAUGGAUUAUUACAACAAAAGGAUACAGAUUAAAAUCAGCAAAAGAGGAAGGUGCACAAGGCCAGGUCCAGGAGACACCAGGCAGAAGCUUCCAGUUGUUCCCUCUCAGAUGGAGUCAUGUGGACAUUGUUUUAUUUUCCCAGCAAUGAUUUGUAACAACACAUAUUGGGUAUUGCUAAUUAGUGUCUAGGCUUUUUAUAUGAGGUUGAUUACACAGGCAAUGGCUGACCUUAGUGUCCAGCCCUUUCAGAAGUCAAGUUGCUACAGUGUGGCCCAAGGCCUCCACCAUAAAUCACAUUGAUAGCAAUAGACUAUUUGGUGUGGCCCAAUGCUCCUGUGUAAACAAAGAUAUUUCAAGGGCUUAGAGGUUACUUCCCAUAAACUGGCAAGAGCCAGACCUUUCUUUGGCAUGUGCAGGGUAUGGACAAUACAGACUUUCUGUGCUAAUCCUUUACUGUACAGCUUGUCUUACACACCAUGAUGUCUGGAACUUCAGCUGGGAAGACUCAAAUAGUUGGAGACUGGAUUCAUCUGGAGGCUUCUUCAUUCCCAUGUCUGUUUUCCAGGAUCACUUGACUCAAAAGCUAGGCUUAGCUGAGGUUUUUGACCAGAGCACUUAUGCAUGGCCUCUCCAUGUAGCUUGGAAUUCUCACAGUAUGAUGCUGUAUCCUGCGAGAAACAGACUGAAGCUACACUGCCUUUUCUGCCUUACCCUUGGAAGUUAGCAUUUUCAUUUUGUUACACUCUAUUGGUUAAGAGCAAGUCACUAAGACCAGCUAGAUUCAAGGGGAAGGGAAUAGGGUCCACCUCUUGAUGGGGAGUGGAAGAAGGUUUGCAGAAGGUUUUUUGGAAUGGGAGAUGAACUAUUGUGGUCUUCUUUGGGAAAUAUAAUUUACCACAUGGUCAUAAUGAAAAAAUUGUUGGUGAUUUGUUUUGCCUUAAGGAGAAAUCUCUUCUAGGAAAGUGAAAUAGUUCAUGUCCCUUAAGUAGGAAGAAAUUUCUUUGAUGGGUUAUUAUUUUGAUAAUAUGGUGCUCAGUGCCUUCAGUGCAAGCCACUGAUAAAGUGGUAAGUUUCGUUUGGUUAUUUCUCAGCAGUCCUCAGAUAAGCCAGUGGUGUCCUGCCAAAGCCAAAAUCAGAGUGAUCAGAGUGCUUCAGGGUUUCAAAACAGAGUAGCCCAAAUCCAUGGCCUCCUGGUGGCCUGGGGUGAAACCUAGAUUAUCAAGAAGAAUGGAUGGAUUCUGUGACUAUCAAAUGGUCUUCCAAUAACAGUUCUCAAAAUUCAGUUUUUUAUUUAAAUCAGUGGUUCCCAUCUGGGGAUGAUUUUGUCCCCCCAGGGCACAUUUGAGAAUAUCUGGAGACAUUUUUGAUUGUCAUGACUGGGGAGGGAUAUUAAUGGGAUCUAGUAGAUAGAGGCCAGGGACACUGCUAAAUAUCCUACAAUGCACAAAGCCUCCACAAAAAAAAAAAAAAAAAAGUCUCCAUAACAGAGAAUUAUCCAACCCCUAAAUGUCAAUAGUGCCAAGGUUAAGAAAUCCCAGUCUAUAUUAAUUAACAAACAGUUCCAAGUUACCUUUACUAGCAAAGUCUUAGAAUAUUCCCAUCAUGAUCUCUUCACACCCAAAAAUGUAGUGUAAACUCUCAGUUCAUUGUUAAUACUUAACCUCUUUCUUUUAAAAAUAUCCAAUAUUAGUGAAGCUUAAAAUAUUCUCAGUGUUAAAGUUUCAAAUAGUCUAGAAGUUUAUAGAGCUAAACCCUUAUGUCCUCCAUCAGUCCUUUUUCUCUACCACCAAGAUAAAUAAUCCAAAAACGUUUAUGUGUAUUAUUCUGACUUCCAAUGUCACUAGUUACAUAUGUAAAUGUGAAUUCAUAUGAAUUUGAGUUGAGGUCCCUGGCUCACCCUCAAGCUCAAUGAUUCUCUAGAAGAACUCACUGGACUCAAGAAAGCAGUUAUACUCACAGUUAUGGAUUAUUAAAGUGAAAAGAUGCAAAUUAAAAUCAGCAAAGGCAAAAGAUACACAGAGGCAGGAGCUUCCAGGUUUGGGAUUUUUAAAAAACGAUACAAAUGAACUUACUUACAAAACAGAAAGACUCACAGACAUAGAAAACAAAUUUAGGGUUACCAAAGGGGAAAAGUGGGGGGCAGGGAUAAAUUAGGAGUUUGGGGUUAAAAUAUACACACUACUAUAUAGAAAAUAGAUAACCAACAAGGACCUACUGUAUACCACAGAGAACUAUAUUCAAUAUCUUGUAAUAACCUAUAAUGGAAAAGAAUCUAAAAAAGAAUAUAUAUAUGUAUAUAUGUACACACAUACAUAUAUAUUUUUGUUUUUUUGUUUUGUUUUGUUUUGUUUUGUUUUUUGCUGUACGUGGGCCUCUCACUGUUGUGGCCUCUCCCGUUGUGGAGCACAGGCUCUGGACGUGCAGGCUCAGCGGCCAUGGCUCACGGGCCCAGCUGCUCCGCGGCAUGUGGGAUCUUCCCGGACCGGGGCACGAACCCAUGUCCCCUGCAUCAGCAGGCGGACUCUCAACCACCGCGCCACCAGGGAAGCCCUACAUAUAUAUUUUUAACUGACUUACUUUGCUGUACACCUGAAACUGACACAACACUGUAAAUCAACUAUAUAUCAAAACACAAAAAACAAAGAACACUGAUAUAGUGUAGCCCAAGACCUCAGGAAUAUAAAAACAUUCAUCAGGCUGGAUAUUUCAGGGGUUCAAAGUUAUCUCCCAGGAGCAAAUCAAGGACAGGGCUUUCUUUGGAAUGUACAGGGUUUGGGCAACCCAGGUCUGCUUUACUACACAGUACCUAAAUAUACACAUUGUCAUAACUAAUGUUAGAGUUUAUAUACUUUCUUUUAACAUAUAUACACUUAACCACUUAUUUGGAAGUCUCUCCAUUAUCAGUAUAUAAUUAACAAAUAAUAAUAAGUGAAAAAUGUUUUGAGUACACCACCUGCUCUAAAUUCAAUCAUUUAAUUUCACAACUUAGGAGGAAACGUAUUUUCAGUGUUUUGAAUGCUCAUGGUUUCACUGUGCUAUCAUUCAUAUUACUUCUUUCUGGAAUGCCAUGCCACCUCUUCCCUCUGCAAUUCACCGUAAAACAUAGACUUGAUCUCAUAAGAAUUAGUUCCAGAUUCACCUCUGUGAAGUUUACCCUUUACAAUUUUUCUCCUCCCCAUUGAUGCCCACAUGGUAUAUAUUUAUAUAUACUUACUUGACAUGUAUAAAUCUAUUGUUCUCUUGUGCACUUACAUCUCUCUCUUUGCAAGCUAGUGUGUUCCUUCAGGGUAGAAGUGAGACUUAUUUACAAAGGAAUGCUUGAUAUAUUGUCUGACAUAUAGGUGCAUACACACAGGUUGUGUGGGUUCCUAGAUUAAAGGACUUAAGCAUGUUCUCUAUUCUACUCCUUUUUUUGUGAAUGGAUGAACAUGUGAGUCAGUGAAUGAUUGGAUGGAAGCACAAAGAUAGGAUAUUUUAAGUAAAAAAAUUGGUUUUCCUACAAAGUAUAAUGCAAAACUAGUUACAUAGAAAGAAGUCAAAUAGCUUACCAUGGGAAAAGUAAUAAGAAUUUCCUAUUUAUCUUCCUAGUAUGAACCAAUGAUGAUCCCUUUAGUAUGAAUAGGAAUGUUCUGUUACAGGUCUCACUGUCAUUCAAGGAUGUGGCUGUGGUUUUCACCUGGGAGGAGUGGCAGCUACUGGACCGUGUUCAGAAGAACCUGUAUCAAGAUGUGAUGUUGGAAAAUUAUAUCAACUUGGUAUCAGUGGGGUAUCAAGUUACCAAAACAGAUGCAUUCUACCGGUUAGAACAAGAAACACCAUGGAUAAUAGAGGAAGAAAGCCAGAGUCAGAUUCACCCAGAAGACACAUGGCAAGUUGAUAAUCAUAAAGACUGGCACAAAGGAAACCAUGGCAACCUGGAAACUAUGGAGAGUUACCACAAAGAUAAUGCAUUUGGAAAAAUAUCUUCUCUGAGCUUAAACCUUGAUAUCUCCUUAGCACAAAGAUCUCAUACACUUGACAUACUUGGGAAACAUCUGAAACCUAAUCUAGAGUGUAUUACUCAGAAUAAAAGCUAUGCAAGAAAUGAAGUUGAAUUUAUUCAAUAUGACAAAUUAUUUCUUUACACUAAGCAUGAGAAAAUUCAUACUGGACAAAAAUACAAUGAAUAUAAUCAACAUAUGAAAGUUUUCAGCCAUAAGUCACAGCUUAUUAAAUAUUGGAAAACUCAAACAGCAAAGAAACACUAUAACUGCAGUGACUGUGGGAAAGCCUUUUCUCAGAAGUCGGACCUCAUUAAGUAUCAAAGAACACACACAGGAGAGAAAUCCUUUGGAUGCAGUAGGUGUCAGAAAGACUUCAGGCGGAAGUCCCAUCUCAUUUUACACCAGAGAACCCAUACAGGAGAGAAACCCUAUGAGUGCAACAAAUGCGGGAAAGCCUUUACUGAUAAGUCAUGCCUUAAUAAACAUCAGAGAACUCACACAAGAGAGAAAUGGUUUGAGUGUCAUGCAUGUCAGAAAGGCUUCAACGAUAAGUCACAACUCACUUUACAUCAAAGAACUCACACAGAAGAGAAACCCUACAGAUGUGAAGAAUGUCAGAAAAGCUUCAGCAAUAAGUCACAGCUCAUUAUUCAUCAGCGAUCUCACACAGAAGAGAAACCUUAUGGUUGCAGUGAGUGUGGGAAAACAUUUCCCCUUAAGUUUAGCCUCAUUUUACAUCAAAAAACACAUACAGGGGAAAAACCUUACGGAUGCAGUGAAUGUGGGAAAGCCUUCAUCCAGAGAUCUGAGCUCAUUAGACAUCAGAGAACUCACACAGGAGAGAAACCAUAUAAUUGCAGUGACUGUGGAAAAGUCUUUAGUGUAAAGUCACUCCUCAAUACUCACUUGAGAACUCACACAGGAGAGAAGCCCUACGGAUGCAGUGAAUGUGGAAAAACAUUCUCCAUCAAAUUUAGUCUCAUCCUACACCAAAGAACUCAUACAGGUGAGAAACCCUAUGAAUGCAGUCAGUGUCAGAAAGCUUUUACCCAAAAGUCACAUCUCACUAUUCAUCAGAGGUCUCACACUGGAGAGAAACCUUAUGAGUGCAGUGAAUGCCACAAAGCCUUCAGCCGGAAGUCAUAUCUCCUUAUUCAUCAGAGAAUUCACUCAGGAGAGAAACCUUAUGAAUGCCAUGAAUGUGGGAAAGCUUUCUGUCACAAGUUUAGCCUCAUCAUUCAUAAGAGAAUCCAUACAGGAGAGAAACCCUAUGGAUGCAGUGACUGUGGGAAAACUUUCCCUAUCAAGUUUAGCCUCGUUUUACAUCAGAAAACACAUACAGGAGAAAAACCUCACGAAUGCAGCGAAUGUCAGAAAUCUUUUGCCCAGAGGUCACAUCUUAUUAUACAUCAAAGAACUCACACGGGUGAGAAACCUUAUGGAUGCAGUGAGUGUUGGAAAACUUUCUCCCACAAGUUCAGCCUCAUUUUACAUCAGAAAACUCAUAGAGAGAAAUUGUGAAGAAAUAUCCAAACGAUAUCCAGAAGUUGUCAUUGAAAGGAAAUAGCUCCUUACACUCCAGAGUUUACAUAGGAGUGAAACCUUAAGACUGCAGCAGAUGUGGACCUGUUUUCUUUUCAGAAUCACAACUUAUUACUUAUCAGAGAGCGGUACUGCAUAGAAUGCCAGACAGGAGGAAAUACCUUUCCCAAUGAAUGUCAAUUGAAUGUAGCCCAGAGAGAAUAAAUAGGAACUUCUGCAUAUGUUUUAAUCGUGGGGAUGUUGUUGGUAUGAAAUUCAGCUACAUUGGUAUCAGAGAAUUGACAUUCAGGGGAAAAGUCUAUGCUUUAAAGAAUCUUGGAAUCAUGCUUUCAUGGGUAUCAUUUUAUGAGGGAAUUAACUUUCUGUAACUGUGACAUAAUAAACAGCACUAUAGAAAGUAUUAAAUAUGUAAAUAAAUACAGUAGUCAGAAAACAAAGCAAAAGUUAUAUCAGAACCAUGUGAGAAUAUGUAAGUGUUUUGUACCUAUUUUUAUUAUAAAAUGAUUGUUUGUAUUUGGGAAUUGCGUGUGUUAGCCUAACAGUUGUGACUUCCUAGUCCAUCUGCUUAAAUGUCAUAAAACUUUACCAUAGAAUAUCU